GUUUCCUUUCGCCCCAACAGAGGGCAUUUUAUCAGUUGGUUGCAGCUGUGACUGCAGUGUCUCUGUGUGACAGGGAACACGUUGUCCUGCUGACACCUACACAAGAGUGUGACUGUGACUAGUUCCUGUCCACAACUGCCAUCUUCUUCAGAACCUUAAAAUGAGGAGCAGCCACCUACAUCUGAUCCAGCUCCUGUGUGUAUUGCUCCCCCUGCUGGCCAGUGAAGGAUGUCCCACCCACUGCACAUGCCACAAGGGGGUGGUGAACUGUGGCGGCCGCAGGCUCACCAGUGCCAGCCUGCCCUCUGCUUUCCCCCCUGAUACCACCCAGAUCCAUCUCCAUGACAACCAGCUCACCUCUCUGCCCAAUGGGCUGCUGGAUGGGCUGGCUCAGCUACGCUGGGUUUCGCUGCACGGCAACCCCUGGGUGUGCGACUGCGCUGUGCUCUAUCUGCGCAGCUGGCUCCUGAAGCACAAAGAGCACACCCUCUACCACAACAUCACCUGCAGUUCCCCACCGGGCCUGCAGGGGAGGCUGGUCAUGUAUCUUGUGGAGGAGGAAGUGCUGGACUCCUGCCAGUACUGGUAUUGUAACCUAGCCCUGGCCUCUCAGAUCGUGCUGUUUCUCUUAAUCGGCGUGCAGGCCAUCCUGCUGGCCUUCCUCAUUUACUUCCUUCGCCGCUACGAGAGGCUGUCGCGCGUGGCCCGGCGCACUGUGGAGGAGAGCUUUGCAGGCGGGGAGGCUGAAAAUGAGUAUGUCCCACUGAAAGACAGAUCGGCCUGAGGGGGGUUCAGGGUUAAGGCAGCACAUGGUGGUAUAAGCAGUUGCCUAGGGUGCCAUCAGUAUGAGGGGGAUGCCAAAUGUAGGGAGAAAAAUGGUGUCUCGUUGCAUUUAUGGUUGUCUUUGAAACCCCUUGCUCUGCAAUCACUACCCCCCACGUUCACAAUGAUCACUGCCCCCACUCCACAAAUCACACCCCCACUCCACAACCAUCACUGCCCCCACACCCCCACUCCACAACCAUCACUGCCCACACCCCCACUCCACACACCCCACUCCACAACCAUCACUGCCCACACCCCACUCCACAACCAUCACUGCCCCCACACCCCCACUCCACACACCCCACUCCACAAUCAUCACUGCCCCCACACCCCCACUCCACACACCCCACUCCACAAUCAUCACUGCCCCUACACCCCCACUAAGAUUGUCACACACAUCAAAUUGCACUCAACUUCCCUUCUUCCCAUCUAUGCUUGCAUAAACGCUGCUCAUGUUUUAUUUAAAGUUUGUACCAUUUGCAUUGUUCUGUUUGUCAGUAUGGUGCAGUGACAUUUUCUCACCAUUUUCAUCCUUACAGGUUUUUUUGCUUUUCUGCCCACUGAAAUUUAUGUUAGAUACAUUAUCAAAUGUCAACAGUAUUGAAAUUGUCUGGGAAAAAAAAAAAAAAAAAAAAACAUUCUGUAAAAAUGCUUUAGUGUUGCCCCACAAUGAAUCUAUUGAUCUGCAGUUCCAUAAAGUGUAGUAGUGUGUCCUUUUUAUUACAUUUGUCCCCAUUAUUUUUUAUGUCUGGGAAGGGGGGGGGGGGGGGGCAGCUGGGGAUAAUUUUUUACCAUAUGUCUGUCAUGUAUCACAGCUGAGUUGACAUAUCCCAUUGAUUGUUAAGUAUUGUAGCCAAUUUCAUUUAGUUUACUCAAUGCAGAAAAUCAAUUAGUUUUGCUCUGCACAUGAAUAAAAUGUGAGACAAUU